UUCGACUCGUCGAUUAAAAUCGUCAUCGCUUCAACGGUGUCGCCAUCUUGAUUUUUUAGGCUUGUUGAGACUAACACUCUGGUCUAUCAUUUUGUAUCGUUUUUAAGAGGUUUUACUAAGCAUAGGCCUAUAUACCACAAAUAUGUCAGCUCAAGAGCAAAUGCGGAAAAUGCUCGAUGAGCUAAUGGGAACCUCAAGAAAUGGUGAGGUUGGUAAAGACAGAGUUAGAUUUGAAGACCCAAAAGUUUGUCGUUCCUUUCUACUCAACUGUUGCCCACAUGAUAUUUUGUCAAGUACAAGAAUGGAUCUUGGAGAUUGUUCAAAAGUUCAUGACCUUGCAUUGAGAGCUGAUUAUGAAGCUGCAUCUAAGGACAAGGACUAUGGCUACGACAUUGAUGCUGAUAAAGUACAUGAACUGGCUGAAUCAAUUGGCAAAAAAGUUAUGGAAGCAGAGAAACUUGGAGCUGAGGGCAAUGUAGAAGAAUCAAUGAAGAUGAUGCAGGAGGUUGAAGAAAUAAGAAAGAAGAAAAGUGAAGCAGAGGAAGAAUACCGUCAAUCCAUGCCAGCAUCAACCUACCAGCAACAGAAACUACGUGUGUGUGAAGUAUGUUCAGCAUACUUGGGUCUUCAAGAUAAUGACAGGCGUCUAGCUGAUCACUUUGGUGGCAAAUUGCACCUGGGUUUCAUUGAAAUUCGUGAAAAACUUGCAGCUUUAAAGAAACUUGUUGCUGCUAAGAAGGAAUCUAGAGAAGCAGAAAGAGCAAAGAGACGCGAAGAGCGAGAGAAAGAAAGGGAUAAGGAGUUGCAACAUAGAAAGAGGAGAUCACGGUCUCGAAGUAGAAGAUCUCGCUCCCGAGACAGACGUCGCAGAUCAAAAUCUCGUGAAAAAAGCAGACGUUCACGUGAACGCCACAGAAGAUCACGAUCACGUUCAAGGGAUAGACGUAGACGGUCGCGUUCCAGAGAAAGAGCUAGUCGCAGACGUUCCCGUUCCAGAAGUUACGAAAGAAGAUCACGUUCGCGUGACAAACGCUCUUGUGACCGCAGAUCUCGAGAAAAAAGUAGUAGAAGGUCAAACGAUAGGGAAGACAGAAAUGGAGACAGAAGAAGUGUCAGUGUGGAUUGAUAGCAGCAAUAAGUGAUUUUAUGCUAUCUAUUCUGUAGUCCUGUUUUUUACAAAAAAAAAAAUAUUCUUUGCAAAGAUUAAAGUAUUGUGUACAUAGUAGGAUUGAUGGCAUUUUAAUGUUAUAGGCAUGAAGGCAACAUUAUUGUUAAUCCUAAUGUUUCACAGGGAUGAUGGCAACAUAUUGUUAACCUUUAAUGUUUCUUAGGGAUAAGGCAACAUUGUUGUUAAUGCUUCAGUGGGAUAAUGACAACAUUAUUAUUAACCUUAAUGUUUCAUGGGGAUAAUGGCAUAUUGUUUAACUUUAAUGUCUCAAAGGCAUGUUGGACAUUAUUGUUAGCCUUAAUGUUUCAUGGGGAUGAUGGCAACAUUGUUGUUAACCUUAAUGCCUUAUAGGAAUGAUGGCAAGUUUAAUUUUGUGUAUGUAAAAUUUCCCUAGGAAUGUUGGCAACAUCGUUAUUGUUAAUUUUUUAUAGGAAUGAUUGCAAUGUCUCAUUUAUACUUUUUAAGAAAUAUAGUAACAUCAGUUUUGUUAAUUUAAUAUUUCUUCAAUCUUCACAUUAGUUUAUGCUUUUCAUGCAAUCAAAACACUUUCGAUUAAUACUGUUAAUGCUUCUUAGGACUGCAUGCAACAUUGAUGUUGUUCCCUUAAUGUUUUGUAGGAUUGAAGAUAAGUUAAAGUGCCCUUUAAUAUUUGUAAGAACUGAUAUCAACCUUAAAUAAUGUGUAAUUUUAAUGCCUAUGAUUGUACUAAAGUAAUAUUAGAUAAUGUUUAGAUAUUGCAAUUCUGACAAACUUUUUCAAGUUGGUUGCUUUAUGUAAAUCAAUUCAACAGCUAUAUCAAGUAAAUAUUGUAGUAUUAUGGCAGCAAUUUUUUAUUUAGCAUGCUAACUACAGCAUAGUAUGUCUGGUAUGAAUUACAUUUUAGUUUGUAUACAGUAAUGCAUUCUCUUUUGAUUUAUUAAAUCCUAAUAUUAGAGUAUAUAAUCAAUAACAAUGUUGUAUAUAAUUGUUUGUGCAGAUGAUUUUUUCAAUUCCCAAAUACUGUAACUUAAAAUGAUCAUCAGCAUUGGCGGUGUGGUAAUACUGUGCAUUUGAACGUCAUUGUAAUGUGAUAAACAUCUCAGUGGUGUGGUAAUAAUGUGCAUGCAUUUGAAUGUCAUUGUAAUGUGAUAAACAUCUUGGCGGUGUGGCAGUACUGUGCACGCAUGUGAAUGUCAUUGUAAUGUGAUAAACAUCUUGGCAGUGUGUUAUACUGUGCACGCAUUUGAAUGUCUGUGGCAGGUCUUGUAAUUGAGUCAGCGUGUAUAUACAGUAUAUUUCAUGAUACUUUUAUGAUGACUUUGUGAUGAUAGUUUGAAGAUUUUCUUUGAUAUUAAACAUACAAUUAUUACUGUA